AAACUAAACACAACAUUUGAAGUGGAUGAAGUAGAUGAUUUAAACGAUGGAUUUAUUGAGACAAUAUUCGCAGGCUGUGGUUCUGAAAAGGCGCCUAUCACAAAUUCACCUCUCUGGGUACCGAACCUGUCCUUACAAUGCACGGAGAGUGUCAAUAUCGGGCCUGCUGACACUGAAAAUACUCAAAUUGCGUUAUUAAUGGGACAGAUGGAGAACGAGGAUAUGAUAUUAUGUGAUGGAGAAGGACAGAGCGAAGCUGAAUCACUGUUCACGCUGAACACCAAUGCCGUAGCAUUGGUGGAUCCAUUGCAAAUUCAGAACUAUGAAUUUGAUCAAGGUGACAACGUGGAGUAUUAUGCUUAUUUGGGUACCUUUGAAGAGGCCAAUGAGGGGUAUGCGGUAGCUCUCGAUAACGACUUUUUGGAGGAAGACAAAUCAGUGGACAGCUACAGUGCCUUCUGUCGCGAGGCAGACCUCAAACCCCACUGCUCGGAGUUGGAGUUGUCACUCAAUGAACCAAAGGUACUCGAUGCAAAUAUGAUCGCUCAGAUGACGUCGACUGAACUUACCAAGAGAAUACAAAUGCACGCUAGAGCCCUGGCCUCAUUGCUGAGAGAAACUAACGAAAGAACGAAGUUACGCCAAUCCCUCAACAACGCUGAUGAAGCAGCCGUUGCGGAGUUCGUAGCUGGUUCCUUCCGCAACAAUGCCUUAUGUGUCCACCUCCAAUGCGGUUCAACAUCCAGUUAAAUACUACCUCGGAAAUGUUUUUGUUAUUUAUUUAUUUUUUUAGUUAUUUUUUAUUUAAGUUAUAAUUUGCUGUCUCUGUCUCUUAUAAACAAAAUAAGUAAGAUAAAGAGAGACAGUAUGUGAUUAAUUCCAUUUAAUUGGAUUUCGUUUUAAAAUGUAGAAAUAUAAUAGAUUUUUGCUAUUUCUUCUUUGUUAGUAGUAUACAUAUUUAGACUGAUUACUUUAAAGUACGGUCAGCAUAAAUGAUUUUGUGAUUUUUUUUAAUAGUAACUCUUUGAUUUGAAAUUUACUUGUUUGAACAAACUCUGGUUUUUUGGACUGUAUGUCUAACACAAGUCUCUAUCUAAUAAA